AUGAAGUUUACUUCCAUAACUAUUGUUUCUGCGCUGGCCGCGACAGCCUCUGCCCACGGGUUCGUCCAGCAGAUCAUGCUCGGCGAGAACCUUGUCGACACCUGGAACCCCUACAAGGACCCCUCGAAGAAGGUCAACAAGAUCACUCGCAAAUUUAAGGACAAUGGCCCGGUCACUGAUGGCCUCUUUACGACUGAUGCUAUCACCUGCAACAUCGGCUCCGACAAGAACAAUGUGCCUGUCAAUGAGACUGCCAACGUUCCUGCCGUAUGUUACGCCGAUGAUGUUCAGCUUUAUUUUACGAAGCAUCAUGCUAAGAUAGCGGUAGUCAUGACCUACCUCGCCGACUGCGGUGGCAAGUGUAGCGAUUUCGAUGGUAGCAAGGGCAACGUCUGGGUCAAGAUUGACCAGUCAGGAUAUGAUGCCAACGAGGCCAUCCCCUGGGCCAGCAAGCGUCUUCCGGAGCAAAAUAGCACGUAUACCAUCAAGCUGCCUUCUAAGAUCACCCCGCGAACCAACAACGAUGGUAACCUGGCUCAAUUUUACCCCGGCUGCCACCAGAUUACCGUCACAGGCACAGGAGACACCAAACUUCCGGAAGGCAUUGCUUUGCCUGGUGCUUACAAGGCGGAUGAUACCAAAUCGAUUUUCCUCGAUUAUCGCAAAGUCACGUCUUAUACCCCUCCCGGAGGUCCUGUUUGGGGCGGUGAUGGCUGGGCUCAGUGA